AUGAGAUCAUUUACUGCAGAAAACUUAGGUAAAAAUCGAACAACACGUCAAGCUAGCAAUCAAGCAGCUGGAGGAUACUCUUCUCAAAUUAAUCCAACACCUACAUGUGGAGAAUGCUGUAUUCCUGGUCAACCUGGACCUCAAGGUCCGCCCGGAAAGAGUGGAAGGCCUGGAAAACCUGGAGCUCCUGGGACACCUGGCACACCAGGAAAGCCACCGACAGCACCAUGUGAGCCUACAACACCUCCACCAUGCAAACCAUGUCCUCAAGGACCACCCGGCCCUCCAGGCCCCCCAGGCUCACCUGGAGAUCCUGGAGAGGCCGGAACACCUGGCAGACCAGGAACUGAUGCACCUCCUGGAUCGCCUGGCCCGAGAGGACCUCCUGGACCAGCUGGAGAACCUGGACCACAAGGACCACCUGGCGAACCUGGCGUUCCUGCACAAAGUGAGCCGCUUGUACCUGGUGAACCUGGAGAGAUGGGAGAUCCAGGCCCGCCCGGACCACCAGGUCCUCCAGGACCACAAGGAGCUGAUGGCCCACCUGGACCAGCUGGACCAAAAGGAGAACCAGGCCCAGAUGGACAACCUGGCUCAGAUGGAAUGCCUGGGCCCCCAGGAAUAGCUGGUCAAGCAGGUCAAGCAGGAGAAAAAGGAAUAUGUCCCAAGUACUGUGCAAUUGAUGGUGGCGUAUUCUUUGAGGAUGGCACUAGACGAUGAUUUCUUUAA